UCCAGAUGUAGCUCCUGAAAUUGUAUUAUCUGCUGCCUCUCCAGCAAGCUCUGUCUACCGUCAGGGAUGGUGGCGAGGCUCUUGACUUCUAAGAGCCCUUUGUUCAGCCAGGUUUGUUAAUAUCUUCUCCUGCAAUUCACUUAACUUUUUGACACUCUCGCUCGCAAAACUUGGAAAAUAAGACGCACAUCUCCAGCUUCGUUGAGAAAAGCUCUUCGGAAACUGUAAAUUGUGAACGAAUAACCUCUACAAAAGGCAUCUGCACGUGAGCCGACCGCCCACCCCCUCUUUCCAGGCCCGGGAAUCGCUCGGGUCUCCUCCCUCCUCCAAUGCCUAGAGGCGCGGGGUAGGAAGGAGGAUUAACCCCUAGGCUCCUGUCUGGGCGUUUCUCCAGGCAGCUGGGGAGGAGUUCCGCCCCUCGCCCCCGUCCCGUCCCGCCCCGACGCCUCCACUCCCUUGCGCAGGCACGCGCGCUCCCCGAGUCUCUCCCGCCCAGGCCCCGGCUGCGCUUCCCCGGCCCGCACUGCACCGCACCGCGAGGCGGGCGGGCCGCCAGGAUGCAGGUCCCGCACAAGGAGCACCUGUACAAGCUGCUAGUGAUUGGUGACCUGGGCGUGGGCAAGACCAGCAUCAUCAAACGCUAUGUGCACCAGAACUUCUCCUCGCACUACCGGGCCACCAUCGGCGUGGACUUCGCGCUCAAAGUGCUCCACUGGGACCCGGAGACCGUGGUUCGCCUGCAGCUCUGGGACAUUGCAGGUCAAGAAAGAUUUGGAAACAUGACAAGGGUCUAUUACCGAGAAGCCAUGGGUGCAUUUAUUGUCUUCGAUGUCACCAGGCCAGCUACAUUUGAAGCAGUGACAAAGUGGAAGAAUGAUUUGGACUCAAAGUUAAGUCUCCCUAAUGGCAAACCAGUAUCAGUGGUUUUGUUGGCCAACAAAUGUGACCAGGGGAAGGAUGUGCUCAUGAACAAUGGCCUCAAGAUGGACCAGUUCUGCAAGGAGCAUGGGUUUGUAGGAUGGUUUGAAACAUCAGCAAAGGAAAAUAUAAACAUUGAUGAAGCCUCCAGAUGCCUGGUGAAACAUAUACUUGCAAACGAAUGUGACCUGAUGGAGUCCAUUGAGCCUGACAUUGUGAAGCCCCAUCUCACAUCGCCCAGGGCUGUCAGCUGCUCCAGCUGUGCCAAAUCCUAGUAGCUCCUGGACUGGCAUCUGAUGGAAGUCAUCUAAUCAUCUCAUGAAUUGUGUCUCAAUUCCUACCAUUUUGGGUCAGUGUCAGGAUAGAGAUACACCUGGGGCCAGCUAAAGCUCUAUGCCUGUAUCUUUCCUAUAAGAGAAACAGCAAAUGUUCUUUUUAUGUUUUUCUCAGCAUCAGCCCAGUGUUUACAAGCUUUUAAAAUAUUUAGUCUGUUACAAAAUUUCUGUCUUGUAGCUGGCCAUAAUUCUGCAGGGCCAGAGUCAGCCCUGUUAUUUGCUUCUCUGAAUCAGCUAAGGCCUCAGGUCUGAAAGAGAAAGAGAAGAACAGACUAGCUGUCAAGUUAAGCGCCUUGGCUUUCACUUUGCCCCUGGUGUCUUUGUCCAGAUUUCAAUACAUCCUCUGCUGGUCUGACAGGCCUAUUAAGUAGAAAUGGUAUUUUCUCCAGAGAUGACCUCCAUUCUCAACAGACCUAGAGUUGUGUCUGAUUUAGCUCUUCAGAGUCAUGUACACAGGCUGCCUAUGCCUUUGUUGCUUUUAUUGUCACUUGCCUUGCCCUGAAUGUUGGUUCAACUGAAAACUUUAUGAAAAGACUGCCCCUGGUAUGUGCCUUUCUGUUCGCUUUCUCUGACUCAAGCUGUGGGACUCUUCUGUACAUGUAAUAUAUAUUAUAUAUAUUUUCACAAGUGAAAAAUAAACCAUUAAAAGAUGCCGUUUCCUUA